AAAUAUUAGCUUUUCUUACUGUGAAGAGAUGUGGAUUGUCCAGUAAAGGCUCCAGUAUCUCCUCUAGGUUGUUUGGAGUAGAGAAGGUUGGGAUCAAGGGCUCCCCUCUAGCAAGAUGGCUCUGCCCAAGGUCACUUUCCCACUGGCCUGCCAUUACUUGUUUUCUUGCAGCUCAGGCUGCUCUCAUGCACACCCCACACAACAGGAACGUCACCAGCAUGGCUCCUUUGAGUAGCAGCCCAGCCUAAGCUCCGCUCUCUACAGGAUACUGCCAGGGUGGAACCUGUGUGCUUGCUGGUCUUCUGUUCCUGGCUCCUAGACCAAGGGACACCUGCUGCCUAUAUUAGUUACUUUCCUCAUUGCUGACAAAAGCAACUUAAGGGAGGAAGGAUUUACUUUGGCUCAUAGUCUGAGUGUUCAAUCAGUCCAUCAUGGCAGGGAAGAUGUGGUGGCAAGAGCAUGAGGUAGCAGGUCACAUUGCAUCCACAGUCAGGAAGCAGAGGGAGGUGAACACUGGUGCUCAGCUUGCUUUUUUCUUUUUAUUCAUUCUGGAUCUCUAGCCCAUGGGAUGGUGCCUACAUUCGUGGUAGGUCUUCCCUUCUUAGUUGAACCUUUCUGAAAAUACCCUCAUAGAGACACCCAGAGGUGUGUUUUCAUGGUGAUUCUGACUCCAGUCAAAAUAACAGGGAAGACUAGCAGGUGUUUGUUCAGAAGCUGCUAGAGACCAGACCCUCCUGUGUACCUCUGAGGAGCAUCAACCCCACAGCCUGGAUAUGUUUUCUCACUGUCUAUAUCUAUAUUGGAAUUUUAACCUUUCAGAGAGCCAGGGUCAGGCAUUACCCACUCUUGUGUCUACUCAGCUACCUCUGUGCUGAAUCUGGGGUGAAUGCCUACAUAAUGUGAGUGUGAGGGAAUGAACAUUCCUGUAUGCUCCAUGGUUCAGUGUAGGAGAGGAUAAAUGGCAUAUUGCAAAUUCCUGAGUUCAUUUCCAAAGCUGUCCCCUUGAGCCAAGCAGCGGAGAACCCUGCAGAAGCUGAAAUGAAUAUCGAAGGAGUUUCACACAACCGUCUGAAGCAGGGUGCUCUUGGAAGAGUUAGAGCGACUGUCAAAGUCCUUGAUAUAUCCAUUUUUAUCAGUUCUGAUGGUGAUGCGAUGCCAUUACGGAUUCAGAUCUCAUCUUCGCUUCUGAGCUCAUCUGAAUAAUUUUAGUGAUGGGGAGGGAAGAACAAGAUGAGGCAUCCAGAGGCAGCCCUGGAUCCGACUAUAUAAAUUUGGAGGAGGCAGGGGCAGGAUGACUUGAUCUUCCCAGCUUCCUGGGUACAAGGCAGAGCAGGAGGAAGUGAAAGGCAUCGGAGUGGACAGCAUCUUUCUUCACCCCAAGUGACCAUGAGAGGUGCCAUACAAGUCUCCAUCAUGCUCCUGCUAGCAACUGUGUCUGACUGUGCCGUGAUCACAGGGGCCUGUGAGUGGGAUGUCCAGUGUGGGACAGGCACAUGUUGUGCCAUCAGUCUAUGGCUACGGGGGCUGAGGAUGUGCACCCCACUGGGGCGAGAAGGAGACGAGUGCCACCCUGGCAGCCACAAGCUCCCUUUCUUCCGGAAACGCCAACACCAUACCUGUCCCUGCUCACCCAGCCUGCUGUGUUCCAGGUUCCUGGAUGGCAGGAUCCCUUUGCACAAAGGGAAGUCUCUGAGGAACACCCUGAAGGAGCAUGGGCUGCUGGAGGCCUUCCUGAGCAGACAUCAGUAUAUGCUCAGUGAGCAGAGCUCCAACACUGGGAAAGUGGCCAGAGAGCCUCUGAUCAACUACCUAGAUAGCGAGUACUUUGGGAAGAUCUACAUCGGGACACCACCCCAGGAGUUUACUGUGGUGUUUGAUACAGGCUCUUCAGAAUUUUGGGUACCCUCUGUCUACUGCAGCACUGAAGCCUGCCGAAGCCACCACCGCUUUGAUUCGUCCAAGUCCUCCACCUUCCAGAACCUGAGCAAGCCCAUGUUUGUCCAGUAUGGCACUGGCAGCGUGCAGGGCUUCCUGGGCUAUGAUACUGUCAUAAUCUCCAAUAUUGUAGUUCCUCAGCAGACUGUGGGCCUGACUACUAAGGAGCCAGGCGAUAUCUUCAUCCACUCGCCAUUCGAUGGGAUCCUGGGGCUGGCUUACCCUUCUCUUGCCUCCAAGUAUUCAGUGCCGAUGUUUGACAACAUGAUGAACAGGCACCUGGUUGCCCAAGACCUGUUCUCUGUUUACAUGAGCAGGAAUGAGCAAGGGAGCAUGCUCACACUGGGAACCAUCGACCAGUUCUACUUCACAGGCUCGCUGCACUGGGUGCCCUUGACUACGCAUGGGUAUUGGCAGUUCACCGUUGACAGGAUCACAGUUGAUGGUGAAGUGGUGGCUUGCCAAGGUGGCUGCUCGGCUGUGUUGGACACAGGCACUGCCCUGGUGGUGGGGCCCAGUGGAGACACCCUUCAUAUCCAGAAAAUCAUUGGAGCUGUUCAAGGCCAGUAUGGCCAGUUUGACAUUAACUGCUGGAGGCUGGACAUCAUGCCCACAAUUGUCUUUGAGAUCCAUGGCAGGAAGUUCCCAUUGCCACCUUUGGCCUACACUCUGAAGAACCAGGGCUUCUGCUCCAGUGGCUUCCAAGGUGGUUCCCAUCUGUGGAUCCUGGGGGAUGUUUUCAUCCGGGAGUUCUACAGCGUCUUUGACAGGGACAACAAUCGUGUUGGGCUAGCCAAGGCUAUCUGAUUGAGCCACUUACUUUAGACUAUGUUUUCCCCAAACACACACAUUCAUAGGCACACACAUAUGCACACAUAUACACAUGCAUGUGUACAUACACAUACAUACAUGCACACAGAUUAAGUUUAGUAGGCAGAAGGCUUUCAAUAAAUACUGCAUUUUUUCAAAACUU